AUGGUGGAGACUCACGUAGAAAAUCGAAACAAGCAACCCGGAUUACCAGACCUACCAUCCAAACGUCAAAAGGCUGUUGAUGCCAAGUUGCCAGCCGAUGACAAUGAUGCUCCCACCGGCAGGAUGAAGGCUGGUGCUGUGAAGAAGCCAGGAGGCCAAAAAGCCGCAAAGGAACAGAAGGCUUGUGCUGCAGGAAAAGUUGCUCAGCUCGAGAUCUACAUGGAGAUGGAGGAUGUAGAAAAAGAAAGGCUUGCAGUGCGACAACCCAGUCCCACUAUUAACAAAGUAUCCCAGAAGCCAAGUACUGGAAUUUGGUCAGCGAGUCCACCAAACUCAGACUCCAUAAAACAUCCCCCUCAUAAUACUGUUAAGUCCAGUGGCUUUGAAGAUGAGCGAGAAGACGAUGAGGAAUGUCAGGCAAGCCCACGCGCACAACUCCCAAUGCCUAUUAUCACGCACGGGGACAAUGACAUCUUGGCUCUGUCCAUGGUCUCUGUAUCAAAGAGUGUCUCACCUGUCAAUAGGAUACCUGUAGCUAUGGGUGAGGAACAAGAGGGAAAUACAUUAGAUAACGAUCUGCUGUUUCCCAACUUAGAGCCUGACCAGACUUCUGCUGAGUCAGAGAAUGAGGUGGAUGGAGCAUCUGCGGUCGACAUCGACAAUGCAAAGUCUAAAUGCGAAUGCAAGGCCGAUCCAAGCAUCAAAGCAUAUACGGUCAACACUGACAAUGCAAAGACCAAAUGUGAAUUCAAGGCACAGUCGAAGGCCAAUAGGAACACUGGAGAGGAGGGUGAACAGACAGUCAACACAACCUUUGAAGACUCAGAUGAUGAAGACAUCACACAUCGCCGCGUGAAAACGAAGCCUUCCCAUAAGAAUACCUCCACUCACAUUGACCGAGAGAGUGGCAGUUCAAGCAAGUCCAAGACCAGGGUCAAUGCAACCACAGAAGACUCGGAUGAUGAAGAAAUCAUGCAUCGCCCCAUGAAAACGAAGCCUUCCUACGAGAAUACCUCCACCUGCGUUGACCAAGAGACUAGUAGUUCAAGCAGGUCCAAGACCAGGGUCAAGACAACUCCAGAAGACUCAGAUAAUGAACUCAUGCAUCCCCUCAUGAACACAAAAAAAUUCCACAAGAAUAUCUCCACUCACGUUGACCAAGAGACAACUGAUAAAUCAAACAAGUCUAAGACCAGGGUUGACAUGACCGUGGAAUCCGAUGAUGAAGAACUCGUGCGUCGCCCCAUGAACGCAAAGCCUUCCCACAAUGUGCGAAAGUCCAAGUCUAAAGUUAGUUCUAAGAAGCAUCGUCCCAUUCAAUGCAACAGCGACAGUGAGGAUGACGACAACGAUGACAACGAUGACGAUGCCGAAUUCGAUUCUUAUGUUGUCCCCAUGUGGAUUGACUUUAUCUCCUGCCUUGAUAACAUGUGGGAUAUCUCGGACUUUGCUGAAGAGAUGCAGCAAAUCUGGGAUCAUGCCUUUCCGACCCUCAAGCACACCGUAUUGAAGAACAAAGACGCUGUGUAUAAAGUGUUGAUGCAGCGUGCAUAUGACUAUCGCAGAAACUUCAUUGCAUAUCUGGUGCCUGAACAAGCUCGGUAUGUUGAUGACGCUGGUUGUACUGCAUGGGUGAACCCUCCAAUAUAUCCUUAUAUGUGGAAGUUAGUUGUCAGGGAUAGAACAGACAUAGAUUCAUAUCGAGGCUCUUUCAAAGAUUCGUGCAUUCUCGAUACCUUCACACUCUACCUUGAGCAGGUCCACGAUCUCCCGAAGGAAUUACGCCGCACAGACAUGCCAAAGGGAGCACUGUCCAUUGCCACGAUUGUGGUCAAACAGGCAUGGAAGAUGUGGUCAACCGGGGUCUACGUAAAACCCAAGAGACCUGUAGAGUCUCAAUUUGCAGAGGGUCUUUGGAGUGACCGCACUAAACUUGUCAUAGAGUCUCUAGAGCAAGCUAGCCGCCGCAAAUGGAAGAAGAUAUUUAAGGGUGUGAGGCCCUUCAUCGAUGCUCAUCGAAAGCAGCCAUCUCGUCACGCGAAGGCCCAGAGGAAGGCUGAUCUGACAUUUCACUUAUGGGUUGAUUUUUUCUAG